AUGGUUCUCGAGGCUUAUACCUACGUCUUUGCCAUUGGCAGUUGCUUUGCUCUGCUUGAGGCCUACAACAAUGGUGCCAACGAUGUCGCCAACGCUUGGGCUACCUCCGUCUCCUCCCGCUCCGUAACAUACCGCGGAGCAAUGGUCCUCUGCUGCAUCUUCGAAAUGCUCGGCGCCCUCGCAGUCGGCGCUCGAACAGCCUCCACCAUCAAGAACGGCAUCAUUCCCAUGGAAGCCUUCCGCGACAACGCAGGCGUCCAGCUCCUCGCCUUCGCCUGUGCCUCCGCCGGUGCCUCUACAUGGGUUAUGUGGUGCACCAAGCACAACGCCCACGUCUCGUCUACAUACUCUCUCAUUUCAUCGCUCGCUGGUGUCGGUAUCGCUACUGUCGGUGCUAGCAAGGUUGAGUGGGGAUGGAACGGUGGUCAGGGUCUUGGUGCUAUCUUUGCUGGUCUUGCUAUGGCGCCCACUAUCGCUGGUUGCUUUGCCGCGAUCAUCUUCCUGUUGGUCAAGUAUGUUGUUCAUGUGCGCAAGAACCCUGUUCCUUGGGCUGUUUGGACUUCACCUUUCUUCUUCCUCAUCGCUGGUACUAUUUGCACCCUGUCGAUCGUCUACAAGGGAUCUCCCCGUCUUGGUCUCGCUGAGAAGCCUGCUUGGUACAUUGCCUCAGUGACUCUCGGUGUCGGCUUCGGUCUCUUCGUCCUCUCUGCCAUCUUCUUUGUCCCCUUCGUCCACGCUGUCGUCAUCAAGAAGGACUACACCCUCCGCUGGUGGGACGCCUGGAGGGGCCCUCUCCUGUUCAGUCGCCCUGCUCCUCCUGAUGCCGAGCACGCCCGUGUUCCCGACUACGCUGUCGUCCAGCACACCUCCGAGCUUCAAAUCGGCCCUGUUGAGUCUGAGGAGCACAACCCCAAGAAGAUCAGCGACGAUGAGAUCACCCCCGCUACUGCCGCCAGCUCCGAGAACAACGAGAAGCGACACCUCAACCUCGCUGAGUCUAGCCAGGAGGACUACCAGCGCAUGCUCAAGGAGGCCGAGGAGCUUCACCACUCUAACCUCCGCAAGGGCAAGGGACCUCUCGGCUGGGCCAUGCGAACUCUCCACGCCAACCCCAUCGGUGCCGGUUCCAUCCACGAGACUCACAACCUGAUCGCUGUCGUCAAGCGUAUCCCCGCUCAAAUCGUUGUCGCUCUCCUCUACGGUGCUCACUACGACAUCCACACUGCCCAGAUGGGUAUCGAGGCUACGCCUGAAGGUCGUCGUAUGCAGCGCGUCUACGAGCAUGCUCCCAAGUACCCCAACGAGGUUGAGUACCUGUACUCUUUCGUCCAAGUCAUUACUGCCUGCACUGCUUCUUUCGCCCACGGUGCCAACGAUGUUGGUAACGCUGUUGGUGUCUGGGCUGGUAUGUACGCUGCUUGGUCCACUAGCCGCCCUGCCGAGAAGAAGGCCGAGGUUCCUCUGUGGCAGAUUGGUGUUGUCGCUGCUAUGAUCUGCAUUGGUUUCAUCACCUACGGAUACAACAUCAUGAAGGUUAUGGGUAACAAGAUCACCUACCACUCUCCUUCUCGUGGGUCUUCCAUGGAGAUGGGCGCUGCUAUUACUGUCCUUGUCUUCUCCCAGUACAAGCUCCCCGUCUCUACCUCCAUGUGUAUCACCGGUGCCACUGUCGGUGUCGGUCUUUGCAACGGCAGCAUCAAGGCUGUUAACUGGAAGCGAGUUUUCCUCCUCGUCUUCUCUUGGAUCAUGACCAUUCCCAUUGCCGGUCUUAUCGGUGGAUGUCUUAUGGGUCUUGCUCUCAACACACCUCACUUCUAA